AUGACCUGCCUCCGGCGCUUCUCGGCGCAUGACCUCUUUGCUUUCAACAAUGUCAAUCUGGAUUACUUCACUGAAACGUAUCACUUGCCAUUCUACCUGCAAUACCUGGCUCGCUGGCCGGAAUACUGCUUGUGUGGGACCGCACCCGGCGAAGUGGUCCAGGGCUACAUCCUUGGUAAGGUGGAGGGAGACGGCCCUCACUGGCAUGGACAUGUGACAGCCGUUACGGUCGCACCCGUGUUUCGUCGGCAGAAGCUCGCCGAGCAGCUUAUGCAGAUUUUGGAAGACACGACGAUCAAGAUGCACAACGCUUUCUUCGUUGACCUCUUUGUGCGAGCAAGCAAUGCAGCGGCAAUCCUCAUGUAUGAGCGAUUUGGCUACAGCGUGUACAGGAGAGUGCUGGGGUACUACAGUGGGCCUUCCCCAGAGGAUGCCCUGGACAUGCGCAAGGCGAUGCCACGGGAUGUGAACAAGCUCUCCAUUGUGCCCCUCAAAAGAGCCAUCCACCCACAUGAGCUGGAGUUUGACUAG